AAAAUGACUGCGGUACUCGUACUAUGGUUAACGUAACCAUUCCUCAUUGUUUUAUGCUUUAAUAGUCCAGCACUGUAAUCGCUUUUAGUAUCAAGCUGCAGAAAGACGACAGCCAUUUUAGUGUGUGUACUAAAGCAGUUGUCAUCGCAUCAAAAAUUGUUCGACAAAAUGGAGAGUAAUUGUGCUCAACUUUUGAGGGACUUUGGAUUCGAAAAGUAUAUUCCACAGUUUGAAGCGGCUUUAUUCAAUGACAUAGAGAGCCUGGAGGCGCUCGUUUCCCAACCGAAUCUACUGGCCCAGAUGAUUGGCCCUUUAGGCCAAAGGGCGAAAUUUGUCGCAAAAAUGGAAAAGUUUAUCUCAGAGCAGAAAGAAGAAGCUGCUACUGAUGUAAAGAAAGAGAUGCCUGAUGAAAAUCUGAUACCUGCAGUAAGAGGAUUGGACAGUAGCUUCACGGCCGCCGAACUGGCAGAAUUAUUGGAAAAUCAGCCAGUAAUUAAGGUAGAAAGCAGCAAUGCCGAGAGAGAGGAGUCGAAUGCUUUUGAGGAACCACCAGCUAAAAGAAUCAGAACUAGCAAUGACGUGCUCGAGCUUUUGCAACUGACUGUGGAUGGGAAAUACUUACUCGGAUUAUACGCCAUCAAAGGCUUUGACAACAAGAAUAGAGUGAGGCUGGCCAACUGCAUUAUCAAUGCUGAGUAUGGUGCUGACGCAAAUAAAGUGAUAGGAACUGCUCGUUUUAAAGAGCUGGCACGUCAAAUCAAUGAAGUUUUUCCGGAUGAGGAGGAGACUACCUAUUAUGUACCUGCAUACACUCCAAGGGGAGGCAAAACAGUAAUUGCCAGGGGCAAGCUUUAUGAUAAAUACACAGCGCUCAAUAAGGAAUUGAGGGAGGCCAAUCUGAGGAAAAAGAGACCUACACAGUCGGAAGAUAUCGAGCCAAAUAAUCUAAUUCCGGAAAAUAACGAAGGUAAUACAGAUAUGGAGGUUUGUCUCAAAUUUUUAGAGACUUGUCUUAAGCCAUGGGAUUUAAUCGUCGACUACUGGAAGCGUACCUCAGCUUAUAGGCUGAACAGUCUUUUGAAUGAUAUUGCACCAAAAGCCAAUGUGGAAAGUUACUUGCAGAGAUAUGCAUGCCUGAAGCAACCAAAGGGAUAUACACUGUUGGAGAUAGAUUUCAAGAACCGAUUCACUGAAGGAAGCCUAAGAUUAUUUUCGCACUGGGGAUCCUUUUCUGACAAAGUGAAGCGAGAACUUGCGACAACUGGAGUUCAUAAAUUUGAAUCUGAUGUUGAUCUUAUACAGAAAUUUGUCCAGCUGUUUUCAAUUUGCCCAGUAAAAGUGCCGAAAGGAAAGGCUUGGAGAGCAUCUAGGGCGGAUAUUCAGCAAGGAUGUAUGCUGCAUAUCAAGGUCAUGUCUGAUUUCGAGAAGGAGAUAGAAAAAAUAAAUGCGUUGGCAACAGAAAAAGGCUUCUCCGUGCAACCGUUUCCUCUUGUAGUCGGUAUGACCCUAAAGGAUAUUAAUUCGAGUUAUGUUGUAAUUGAUGGUCAACCCAUCUUAGUUGAAAGUCCUUUGCGCGCCUUGGAAGUGGCUUUUAAAUGUUAUUUUGCCCUCCAUUGUGAAUAUCCCAUUCAAAGUCAAAGACAGUGGACAGUACUUCAAAAAACACUGUUUGGUGUCCAUGUACCUUAUGACAGGAUCAAUCCGAUAGCCAAUCUCCCAGAGGUUAAAAGAUUGAUUAAAAAAUUACAGUGUUGAUUUUGAGGCUAGUUCACUGAACCAUUUGAUGUAUAUAUCUUCAUUCUAAAAUAGUUCACUUGAAAGGAAAUUCAGACUUCAAGUGUGGAAAGGAACAUUGUCAUCGAGUUUUCUUUAACUGGUAUCAGUUUAAAAAAUAUAUUUGUGAACAUGACUUGAGCUUUGAGGUAGGACAACAAAGCCGUGCCUUAGGUUCUUUGAACAUAGUAGAGACAGCUAUGAUGAGAGAGAAAAGGCAAGUCAAUUUUGUAAUGACGCGGUCCAAAAGUGCUUCAAACACGCCCUCAUAUUGGACUUUAUUUUAUAUGAUGUGUAACGAAAGUUAUGAGUAAACUUUACGCAAAUCAUCAGCUACCUCGCAACUUUGUCCAGACUCUCAUAAAUGACAUAAGAGAGCUUCUAUCAAAUCUGACGUGCCACCAAAAAGCUGCUAUCAUCUACAUUAGGGAUUGUCCAUAUAUUACGUAAGACGUUUUUCUGUUGUUUGAAUAAAGACGAAAAUAAUAUUUUUAUCAAGUUGAAAAGGACACAGCGAUAUAAACAAAAGAAAAAUGUCUUACGUAAUAUAUGGACGAUCCCUUAUAAGGAAUAAUAAUGUUAAUGAAAACUGCAUUUCUGCUAUUGGGAUGCAGAUGGAAUUACUCUCAGAGCCAUUUGUAUCACUGGGUUCAGAACAUCUGUGUCAAAAUAUUAAGGCAAUAUAGCUGUUGGAUACAGCAGUAUCAAGUACUGACGAGUGAUGUACGAUAUUUUAUUCAAAAUGAUGUUGGCUCCAAAGUAAAUGAUAAAGUAAAGAAGGGACAUACUAUCAAAGAAAUUCGACCUGUUUAUGCCAAAUUCAUCUCACUUCGAUGCAUACUACAGAAAAUAUUUAGUUUGGCCGGUGUGUAUUCGAAAACAAGGUCCUAUAUGGCCAAAUUAGAAGAAGAAACAAAAAUCUUGAAACAUUUUGCUCACGGGGAACUUAAGCGUUCGAAAGUAAACGACUAUUGUAAGUAAACGACAAGAAAGUAAACGACGAUUCAUUGACAUCUUUUUUGAGCUUUUCAGUGGACCAUGUCUUAUUCUGGAUUGGGUAAAAAUGGAUGGAUAAACAUAUAGAUCAAGAAUUUGUGUAGUGAUGCGAUUAAAAGAUUUAAUGGCUGUAAUGUUUCCAGUGUAUUAUACAACUAAAAAUAAUGUCUGGUGAAAUCUGACCAGAUAUUUUUUGAGUGAUGUAAGAUGGGAAGUGGUUCUAUCAUUGCUACAAUGAGGCGCAGCUUAUAUUUAAUUAUUCCGAUGUGUAAUAUGAUAUAAUAUAAUUUUAAUUAAUUAACUUUUUUAUAUUAGUGCUGUACAUUUGUGUUGUAACCGUUUUUUGUAUAGAAAAAUAUCUUGAUAUGCAAGUAUUUCAAAAUAUAUAAAGUAACAUUAA